AUGACCAUCCCCUCGCACCGCGUUCGGCGCACUCCGCAGAAUACCCAAUACAUCUACAACCUCAACCGCCGCAUCCACGAUGUCAAGACCUACCCAGUGCUCUCCCCGCAAGGAGCAACUAUCCUUCUGUACGCGCAUGACAACGGCUUAACAGUUGUCUGGCGCGGAGGCAAGCGCCUCAAGGCGCUCGAAUCAGAGAAGCAUGGGAAAGCAGGAGCUGGCAAGCAGAAUGGAGCGAAAGACCCGGAGGAUGCCGUGAUGGUUCUCGAUUCAGACGACGAGGCGCCGCCAGCCUCUGCUGAUGUUACGUCGCAAGCCACGAAAGCGGCAGAAUUUGAGGAGCGCGACUCGGACGCAGACUUUCCUGAGAUUGUGCAGACCCUCGACCUGGCAUUCGGCGUGGAGAUACUCCAUGUUGCCAUCCCUCCCAUUGCGCAGUGCGCCGCCGCCGAUACCGCCUUCGACAUACUGAAGGAGAAGAUGGUGUUUGUGGUAUCAUCGAGCACGGCAGACGUACACGUCGUCACUUUGCCCCUGACGCCACCUUCACAUGAAAGCAAGGCAAGACCAGAGCUGCGAAAGGAUCUCUUGGCCGGAAAUGCGGGCAAGGGAAAAUGGGGAGAGGUGCUGAUCUCACUGAACGGGCAAGGAAGGUCGAGCGAUGCUUUGGCUAUCACAUUUGACCAGCGCAAGCGACCAAAUCUGGAGCGGUCGAGGUCGUUGGAGCGGAAGAGCAGUGGAGCUAUCCUGGCUCGUGUUAUCGUGGCUGCUCAUUGUAGGGAGGCCUCGGGAACCCUUCGGCUGUGGGAUGUCAACCUAGACCAGAAGCGCAACCCCUCCGAUCGUCCUAUCGAGCCGUUCCAGACUGAAUACCUCCCUCAUCCUCUCUCAAGCAUCGCCUUCAACCCGAGCCGUACGUCGCAACUACUGGCCAUCGACCCACACCAGGCAGUCCGAAUCUACGACUACUCAAUCGCCUCGCUUACCGAUGACAUAUCCGAAGGUCCGUUCCCAACGCAAGGCUCGUGGCUUCUGUCACUCUAUCCUCCCUUCACCCGCGGAUCUACGACGUCUCUUUCCAGGAAGCCCAUUGUGGCCGCCGCUUGGAUCUCGAAUGGUCGCGCCAUUCUAGCCCUCCUUGCCGAUGGGCAAUGGGGCAUAUGGGACGUUGCCGGCGCAGGGCCAGCUGCUAACAGCAACGGCUCUGGGUUACUCGGCAAGGCUGCUUCGGGCAUCCGGGGUGCGGCUCUGACUACUUUCAGUGCUUCGGGCCAGCUUGAGGGAACGAGCCCCUUGCGCAAUCCAGCAACUCAGAAAUCGGGAGGCGAAUUUGUACCCAUGACACCCCACACCAGGAGAGAUGUCCUUGCAUCUACGUUUGCCGGAGGUCUCGAGAGACUGGCUACGAUCCAUGGUGGGAUCGAGGUUACGCAACUGCCCUCCUCUAAGCCGGGGGCCAGUGACGAGAGCGCAGUUCUCUGGCUGGGAGGCGCCGACCAUAUCGUGUCUCUCAUUCCGAGCCUUGGGCGGUAUUGGGAAUCACAGGCCCGCAAGAGCACUGGGGCGGGUGCCAACAUCUUCGGCUCCCAGCCAACUCGUAUGAUCAGGAUAGCAGACCUUCAUGUCGGCUUGACGGGCGAGCACUGCUCCGGCAUCGGCCUCGUUCCCAAGCCUAGGAGUCAUUCUAAGGACGAGGAUGAUACGCACGAGCAUUCGGGAGAUCUCCCUGUUGAGAUCAUCGUCCAGGGAGAGAGCAGAUUGGUCAUCGUUCGCGAGAGUGAGGAGGGACUGCCUUCUGUUGCCUCGCGUCUCCUCGCUACCAAGAAACGCAAGCUGGGACCUGCACCUGCCGCAGAGCCGGUGAACGCCAUCAUUGUCCAUCCCGCGCCCAACAAGCCGGCGAACGUGAAGUUCAACUUGAGCAUAGCCAAGCGAGGCAGCUUGCGCGCCCCGAGGCAGACGGCCAAGAGCCAGUUCCAGCCCGACCUCACGUCAUUCGACAAGCCCGCCCGUGGGGAUGGCGCUGCUGCGGGUGCGGAUGAGAAACCCUAUACGGACGAGGUGACGAUGACGCAGAGCAUGAUGCAUCAUCCUCCGCAGGCACCAGGCACGGGCCUGGGCUUUGCUGAGCAGCUCGAGGACGCGGCGGACGCCGAGGACGACGAGGAGGCUGCACAGGAGCGCGACGUGGAGGAAGAGAUUCUCGAUAUCAUGGAGAUCGAUCAGGUACUCGAAGGUAUGACCGAUCGCAAUGGCGGAACGACGAGGAAUGUGUUUUUCGAGGCGGAUUAA